AUGUCGAACAUAGACAUUGUUUUAAGAAUUGUUUUCCUUCUGUAUGUAACUAGUGGUGAUCAUUCGGUAAUAGCGAAAGAGGAAGAUGUUAGUAGUCUGUACAACAAUAUAAUGGAAGAUGCCUCAUUGGAUACUUUCACCCUCGUGCGGAAGUACGGAUACCCGUGUGAAAUACACAGAGUGUACACAGAAGACAAGUAUGUUUUGGAGUUGCACAGAAUUCCAUACGGUAAACACAACACCAGUAGAGAGCACCGACCAGUGGUGUUCUUGCAACAUGGACUAUUGUCGACAUCUGCUGAAUGGGUCUUGAUGGGCACCGAUAAAGGAUUGGGCUACAUUUUAGCCGAAGCAGGAUACGACGUAUGGAUGGGUAACGCCAGAGGUAAUACGUAUUCCCGCAGACACAUCUCAAUAAAGCCAUCAUCCUCAUCAUUCUGGAAGUUUAGUUGGCAUGAGAUCGGCUACUAUGACAUCCCAGCAAUGAUAGACUACGUCUUAAAAGAAACUGGUGUGCCGAGUCUCCAGUAUGUGGCAUUCUCUCAAGGCACCACUGCAUUCUGGGUUAUGACGUCAACAAGACCGGAGUACAAUGACAAAGUUAGAGCUAUGCAAGCGCUUGCACCUGUUGCUUAUGUUGGGAAUAUCAGAAGUCCUCUUAUCAGAGCUAUAGCGCCAUUUACAAAUUCUUUAGAAAAAAUAAUGCGUUUGAUUGGCACAAAUGAGUUCAUGGCUAACGGAUGGAUCAACGAAAUAGCGGGACAAAAGCUGUGCCUUGAAGAAGCCGUCACGCAGUCUUUAUGUGCCAACAUAUUGUUCCUUCUGUGCGGAUACAAUGCUCAACAGUUGAAUAGAACAAUGCUACCAGUAGUCCUCGGUCACACUCCAGCCGGUGCAUCCACAAGACAAAUGAUUCACUUUGGCCAGUUGUACAAUUCCAAAAAGUUUACCAGAUUCAAUCACGGAUGGUUUGUAAACAAACGUACCUAUGGCAGAUUUACGCCGCCAGCUUACAACUUAAGUGCAAUAACAACACCCAUAUUCCUACACUACGGGGACAAUGACUGGCUUUCCACCCCAGAUGACGUCAACUACCUAUUGAGAGAAAUAAAAUCUGUAAUAGGAAAGUUUAGAGUGCCGCAUCCUAAAUUCAACCAUUUAGACUUCAUAUUCGCAAUUGAUGCAAAACAGCUUAUAUAUGAUCGCAUUAUAAAAAUUAUGUCACGUUUUAUUUGAAUAAA